UCAUUGACUAAUAUAAACAUAUCUUAUAUUUUGUUCAUUUUAAUAGCAUUGAUUGAAAUGACAUUAUCAUUGAAAUGCUAUAUUUGUCAUACAAAUGAUAACAAUUUAUGUAUUGAUGACAAAUAUUUGGUCGAUUGUCCAUCAAAUCAGGCAUACGAUAGAUGUAUGACAAGAGUGUUUAAGAAUCCACCGGAUGGUUUUCAUAUUAAAAAGGAGUGUGCAUUAGCUCCGUGUCAUUUACGGGACCCGAAACUUGAUUUCAUAAAAUUCAAAGACCAGUGCAGAAACAAUGACGACGAUUGCAUACAUUGCUGUGAAACUGAUGGAUGUAAUAAAGAUUCAGCACUUGCUUUGGUGUCCACACAAAACACAAUUAUCACAAUCGUAACAAUGGUUAUGGUCUGUCUGGUUAUCACACAUUUAGCUACUCAUCACUAA